UCGACUAAGUACCGUAGACGUCAUCAGGGUGGCAGUCAAUGAACUGCAUCUCUGGCUGUCAAAACUUAGUAUGUAGGUUAUGUUUACGUUACAGUUUAGGACAAAAAAAUGAAAGUUUCUUCUCUCACAAGAGGUACAUGUAGUGUCUUAAUGUGGCAAACUACUGUGCCCAUCGUUGGUCGGAGGUUAUUAUAUAAUGCGUAAUGGUAGCAUAUUGACAUCACAAUAGGGCAGCAGAAAGACAAGUAAUUAGCGUUUGCCGAAGUGCUUAAUGGAUUUAAAAUAUUUCUAGUAAUGUUAUCCUACGAGUGUACAGGAUGUAAGCUGCCUACAAUAUUAGUUUUUAGCUGAAAUGAAACAUGUCUCACUGUCGUGAAGAAAAUAAUGAAUACAAUGAAAUCAUGACAUUACAUGCUAAUUCAGAGAAUUGUAAACAACAGUCAAACAUUUCAGGUAAUUCGUCACCAGAAAUGGUUGCAUUAAAUUGGAGUAAUAACUCUCAGCAUGAUCAAAGUGAAACGGAUAACCCGAACAGUACUUCUAACUCUUCACCAGAAUUCAUCACAUUGGCGCCGUUUGAAGACCAAAAGAAUGAAGAGCUAAAAGCUGACCUAUCCGUAAAUCCAUCAGCAAACAUUACUCCGCUGAAUUCGAAUAAUAAGUGUUAUGUUAGUGAUGCCGACUCAGAAAAAUUAGAAAGGUUAAGUCCAUCACCCGAAAGCAGACACUUUUUUAGUACUAAUGUUAAUGCUGAAAAUAAUGAAAUGUCGCAGGAGAGUGACUCCGUUGCGUCUCCACACAUUGUUUAUGACAACAAUAAUGUGUGUAUUCAACAAGAAAGUGAACAGUUUUCAAAUGACGUAGUGAGUGCGAAAGUUCUUGUAGGAAAAUGUUUUACUGGUGCUAAUGGAGUGAAUUGUGAUAGUUCUGAAGGAGAUGUGGCCCAUUCUAAUGUAGUAACACAUCUAAGUGAAACUAUAACAAAUUUAAAAGCGGAAAUAUCAAGAUUAGAAAGUGAGAACCAGCGAUUACAAGCAGACAGAUCCCAUGAGAUAUAUGUUGUUCAGUUGGAGGCACUCGAAAAGUCUAUAUUGCAGUACAAAACUGAUCUACAACGAGCAGAACAAACAUCAAAACAACAGGCAGUGCAGGCAGAGGCCGCAGCAAAACAGCAGUCUUCCGUUAUACGUGAUCUCCAAGAAAAAUUAGACAAAAUGACAAAAAUGUGGGAGGCAUCUAAACGUGAAACAGAGGCAGCUGUAGUACGAUACGCGGUUAGUGAAAAAGAGCUAAUGGAACAACGCAAAGAACGAGAGGCAGCUGACCGUCGAUUGAAGGACGCAGUCAAGGAGCGAGAAGCACUUUCAGCGAAGCUUCGUACAGCUGCUGCUGAGAAAACACGUGUUUGUCAGAUGUUAGAUACUAAGUGCCAUGAGUUAACCAGCAUGCAGAAAGAAACUGAGAGACUUAAAGAUGAUCUGAACAAUCGAGACAUUAAAAUAAAAUGGUUACAGAAUAAACUCAGAUCAGAAACAGAGACACACAAGGAAACUCAGGCAAAGGUUGAUAAAUUGAUGAGGAGUCUCGCUGAAGCAAAGGAAGAAUGCGAACAAGUUCGCAAGGAUUGUCAAGAAAUGAUAAGAGCAUAUCAACAAUCUGAAGAAAACAGAGCUGUUGUAUUAGAUCAACAGUUGAAAGAAGAACAAGCUAAGCUAAUUCUAGAACGCUAUGAAAGAGAAGAUAAGGAGGAAGUAUCGAAGCAUUUACAGCAAGAACUGGAGGCUCUGAAAGCUAAGCAUGAAACAAUGAUUGCUGAAAAUAAUACACUUUCAAUAAAGGUUCAAAACCUGGAAAAGGAGAGGUUCGAACGAGAGCAGACACUUUCCCGACUGCGGCAAGCUGCUGACAGCCAGCAGCAAGAUGUGGCAGAUUUACGUGCACAGGUAGCUGAGAUGAGUGCUCUGCGGAUGCAGCUAAAUCAUGAGCAGGAGAGGCUAUCUGCAAGCCAGGAGGAAGUGGAGAGGCUACGGCAGACAAACCAAGAGCUCCAGCAGGACACCACGGCAUGCCGCGAGCGGGAGGCAGAGCUGCUCGAUUUCACUCAGCGUCUCACUGACAAGAAUGUACGUCUUCAGUCAGAGUUUUCAGCCACAGAAGCUAAGGCUCGGGAGCUGGAGCUAGAAGCAGCUCGUUUAGUGCGUCAGAAUUCGGAAUUACAGCAGCGCCUCUCAGCAUCCGCAGGAGAACUGGAAUCUGAGAGAUCCGCACGACAGAAUGAAGCAGAGCUACUGGCGAGAGCCUUGGCGGAGCGCACUGCAUAUACUCAAAAGCUGGAACAACAGUGCAAUGAUCUCCGAGGGGAGCAGGAGAUCGCCGCACGGAAACAUGCAGCUGCCAUUAAGGAGUUGAAUCGUGAGCUCCAGCAUUUACGGAGGAAGUAUGAGCGCUGUGAAUCGCCAGGUCUCCUAGGGUCGCAUUCUCGUACCAGCUCAUGCUCAUCACUCCCAGGUUCAGGAUGUGAGAUUAAUGCAAAUGGCCAAGCGACAGCAAGUACAGCCAUACAGGUAACUCCACCUGCUGCAGAUGAGUCAUCUGCUGUCUGUGUGGCAGUGCGCGGUCCCAGUAAUGCCCCAACUGAACCUGACAGGCAAGCACUUGUGGAACGCAUUGUGCGCCUUCAACGUAGUGUUGCCCGAAAAACUGAAAAACUGGAGUUUCUAGAGGAGCAUACGAAGCAGUUGGUGGAAGAAUUGCAACGCAAGUCACGUCUUGUGCAGAACUAUGUUCUUCGGGAGCAGACAGGAGCACUUGCACCAGAGGCCUCUGACAACAAUAAGCCUACAUUAGUUGGACUGGACAGUAGGAGGAAGAAGAUGGAGAUCGCUAAGCAUGGUGGUAUCAUGGCCUCAUUGUAUAGUUCAAAGCCAGCUGACAGUCACAUGACACUUGAGCUGUCAUUGGAAAUCAAUCGAAAACUGCAGGCAGUGUUAGAGGACACACUUCUAAAAAAUAUCACUCUGAAGGAAAACAUAGACACACUUGGAAGAGAAAUUGCACGAUUAACAUCUCAGAAGAAUGCUGUUUCUACCUCAUAGGUGACAUGAAAAGCAGAGAAAUCAACUGGUACCUAAAGUACAGUGUUGCUAUGAAAACAAAAGCUUUUAGAAAAUGUACAUAAUUUUCCAAUCUAUCAUUUCUCACCAUACGGUAUCUCACAGAUGUGCAGUCCAGUGCAGUCAGUCUCUGGUCAAAAGUCAAUUCUAAAUGUAAUUUGCUGUUCUUGGGGCAGUCUUUGUAAUCAAAAUUAGUUCAGAUUAAAUAUUUGUAGUGGACACUUCAAAGAUCUACACAUAAGUGUAUUGCUUGCUGAAGAAUUGUGAUGUAAAAUUCAUUUUAAGUCAUGUUGUUAGCAGUAUUGCUAUAUACCUACUAAGCAAGAUUUGUUCAUUAUAUAUUAUUUAAUGGCUGCUUUUAAAAGUAUAUGUGUGUUAGCUGCAAGUGUUGAAUGUGUGAACAUGUAUCCAAAGUUGUGAUACACAGAAAAUGAUGGAAGUUAGAAUAAUUUCCCUAGAAAAGGUGCUAAGAUACUGCAUUGAAUGCAGUUAAAUAUAUGUACAAGUACUCUGUUGUGAUGCUGACUGAUUAUUAGUAAUUGGUUGUGGGGUACAGCUGCAGAAAAUGAGAUUUGUACCUCAAAUUACUGCUUUUUAUAUUGUAUUAUUGCAUUUUAUUUUAGGAGAAUUUAUUUAUUGUGUAUGAAAAAAUAGUAAUAGUGACACAUAUGGAACAGGUUUUACUUAUGUGACUACUUAGAUCAACACUUUACAUUCUCAGUUGUAAGUAAUUUUGUGUUCUGUGUUUGUGAUAGAAUGAUUUACUGGCAUACAUAAAAAAAACCAUGAAUAGUCUUGUAUGUGGUACUCUCAUAUACAAUAGUCUCAUAAUUACAAUCAGCUUGUAGAUUCAGCUCUCAGUUUCAAAUGCCAGUUUCAAGUGUUUAAAAUACAAGAAUGUCUUUUUGCACAGCCAUUAUUUUAGUAACUUCAAAGAGGAUACCAAGGACUGAGACGAGAUAUUUGGUUCAUGGGGAAUGAGAAAUCACUUUUGAGAUUUCACUAUUAAUGGAUCUGCAUACACUUGUUACUUACUAAUAUCCAUCACAUUAUUUUGCUUUCUUCACACUGACACUGCCUAUUUAGCAGAGCAGGAUGCAAGUACAUUUUGAAAGGGCAGCAGCUACCUACCCAUGCCCCUUGUUAGGUCAAAUGUCUUCCUGUCCUCUACCAUGAAUCUUCUUUUUUCUUGCUACCUACUUGAUUAAGCCACUGAAGCCAGAAGUAAUCAUUCCAUUAAAAUGAUUUUAUAAGGUAAAGAAAUCACUGUCAUCAUUUUUUUACUGACCCUCAACCACCCAUCCAGAAUAAAAAGAAACACACUGCCUUUCAAGGAAGCUUCAGUUCUGAUUGCAGUACUAGUUUAAGUUCAGUUUACUACAGAAAGUCAGAUAUAUUGUGGCUGGUCAUGACAUUUCAUUCCCUGACAGGGAAAUCAACUUUUCUUAGACCUUUGCCUAUAAACUCCACAAAAAUAUUAUCUUGAUAUUCAUUUGUAAAAAUCAGUUGUAAAAUAAAUGCUUAGUUCUCCAUAACAGGUCUCAUGGUAGAGAUGUGAUACAGUGUUUAUUGAAGGGAAACUAGUACUGAAGAUACUUUAACUUAAUUUGUAAAGGAACCACUAAAGUAAGUUUAUUUUUGCAUUUAAAUACAUUGCAAAAUCUUUUGCAGAAACAACCACCAAUAAAAGUUCUUCAUGCAUAACCACAAGAUAAAUAUUAUUAAUUAAAUCUAUAAUUUUAAUAUGAUUUUACCACCAAAUCAUUUAAAAAACCUUUUAUAACAUAUUAGGUGUAAAUUAAACCUUUAAAAUCUUAAAUCCUGGGCUUGAGCAUUUAUUUAAAAAGGGGGUAUUAUAAAUAAAUUUAAAUGGUGUAUUUACCGGAUGGUACAAAAUUGAGAGCAGCAGACCUGGGAUAACUUCUAGUAAAAGGAAGAAGAAAAGGUAGGAAUUACCUGUAUGAAAAGUAUCCAGGGCUCCACAUUAUGAGACAAAAAACAGACAGGGUAAAGAUAUUAAUUUAUUGAUGAUUUUAUAUAUGAAGAGUGAGGUAGGUAAUAAAUAUUGCUUUUAACAAACCUGAUUACUUUCUUUGAAUGAAUUUUGAAGUGUGUUGUAGAUUGCAUCUUCAGUGAAAAACAAAGAAGUAAACAUUGUAAUAAAAUGUAAAGAAAAGUGAUUAAUAAUCCUUUUUAUAAGAUUCUCAAAAGAAUGGGAACCACUAAGGCAAGAAAAAACAAAUCUCAAAUACAGAAAUACUGAUUACACCUGUGUUGCAUAUGUUUAUUGUCAAAAGGUAACUUGCUAUUUAUUAUCUCUCAUUUAAUAUUUUGUUUCCAGUUUGUCAAAAUUACUGUUGAAAGACAGUUGUCUGUCAGUUUCAUUGAUGUUAAAUUCUGAAGUAAAAUUUUGAACAGUCCAGAUCUCAUCUAAAAAUAGCCUGUUGCUGAAGUUAUAUUUCUGUUGUAUAACUGUCACAGUACUUAAAAUACAGUUUUACUUAAGAGGUCAGCAAGUGGAACGAAAUGACCAUCGUCUAUGAUACAGUUUUUUAUGUUGGUUUACUCAGUUUAUUUAUUUAAUGUGUGUUUUAUACCUAUGUUAUGACCUGGUGCAUUAUUCACAGCAAAACUGUUAAAUAUCUUACAGUGAAUAAAAAUGUGGCCAUUUGAUAGAUUGAUUCACUGAUGUAUAGAAGUCAACCAAAUUCAAAUAAAAACCAAUGUGACCUCAUAACAUAAAAUUUGGUCAUGCUUAUGUAAACUAUUUCUUUGUGGUCAGCUGACAUGUAUAUUAAGAUUACAGCAUCUGAAUGUGUUGUUUGACGUCUAAUGUGAAUUAAGUUUGUAUGAAUUUUAAUAAUAGUAUUUUCUUAUUGUUGUGUUUGAUAUAUAAGCACUAGUGCUCUAAAGUCUACAACAGAAAGGAAUACUGAUUGGUCAUCAGAUAACUUUUAAAACAAAAUGUUUUGACUUCAAGAAUCAGUGUGCUAAUAUGAGUUGUAUAAUCCUGAGGUAGAGGAGAACUGAAACAUUGGAGAAAUAAUGGCAGACUGAUAUUUGUACUGAAUACAUUUUAAGGAAGGAAAUGUAGUGGAUAGUGAGUCAUUGGAGAAAGCUACAGACCUAGAGCAUAAAAGCUUUGCUUUCAAAACAGUGAUCUUGUCUUUAUAUUAACUUGAAAGAAGAGAGUUGCAAAUAUAAUGCAUUUGUUGUUUGUUUCAAUAAAUCAUAUUUAUAUAAUUAGUGUAAGAGAUAAAUAACAACUGUUGACAUGUUAUUACUAAACAGAGUUAAAUUUGGACACAGUUGGUGCAAGAACUGAACAUCACUCACUGUGAUCUCCUAAUUCAAACAGAUAAUGAUAACAAGAUAGGCAAGAAUGACAACUUGGUAUUAACACUAAGAAUUGACAAGUAAAAGAAGGCAGAGUGAGAAUAGAAAAGAACAUUCUUCUGAUACCCUAAAAUAAAGGUGACAUAUAAAGAAGAUAAUAUCAAGCGAAGGGGGAGUGGAAAUAAAAUCUCUCCAGAGAUGAACAAGAAGAUGAAAUAAAAUAAUUGAAAUGUACGGAUUUGUUAUGCAACAUGUUGAAUAAAAAUAUUUGAAAUAUGUCUGACUACCUCUGUAUCAUCUAGACUGCUAUAUAGAGGAAAUUAAUUUGCAUCUUGCAAAUAAUUUUUCAUUAUCACUAUACAGCUUAUGAAUCUCUUUUGUGGCUUAGAUAAUAAUGCCUUAUGCUUUUGCUGUCAUUCUGUAAGAUGAGAAGCAGGGAAUGAUCACAGACAAUGAAAAGUAAAAUACAGUAAUAUAAUGCAGCAAGUAUCCAUUUGAAGUCAUCAUUAUCAUUCAUGGCUUAAGGCAUUUCGUAUCAAAAUUGAUAAUGAUUGCCACAUUAAAUAACUGCAAGUAUAGUUCUGUUCACCAAUUUUAAUAAAGUAGACAUUGACUUGUGUAAUAUAAAACUUUAUUGAAACUUUGUGACCAACUGAGAAAAAGGGAGCCUUUCUUUUCUUGUAGCAAACUCACAGUCAUUUGAGUUAACAUUUAGUCAAAAAGCAGUUUAAAGUGCUCCAAUUGUAAUAAUACCAGAGCAAACCACGUUUUUAUCUCAGUUUCUCUCUUGUCAGUACUGCCAUUGUGGCUGGGUACUGUAUUUGCCUUGUUGGGUAAUAUUGUUGUAUUUGAAGUUAAAGAUAAUUCGGUGUGUGUUGAAUGAAGACAUUAUAUUGUGAGAUGCAUAAUGUAUUAAUGCAGUGAAGUGCUUCCAAACUGAGUUUAAUAUUGUUUGUUGCAAAUAGGGGGCAUAGUUUAGAAAUGAGAUGUGAGUUGUUGUUAGUGAAAGUUGCAGUAAAUAUCUCUCUAAUAUAUCAGUAUUAACAUUUGAAAUCAUAAGUUUGAUGUAUAAUUGUUGUAUACACACUUUGUAAAUUGAUCUCUAAAAUAUCUUCAUGAAAAAGUUUCAGAUAUGUCAGUUUCCAGAAAACUAUAAAAUAUAUAAUGUUCUAACGAGCUUUCUUGGAGACAAAUUGUAAACUUGCUCUAUUUUCACUUUCUAGCCAUGAUGAAAACAGUUAGCAGAAGGAAGUUGUAACAGUGAUUCAGAGUUGGGAAAGACUUAUCAGAAGUGCUUUUUUUUUAAAAUAGUGAAGAAAAUGACACAGUUUUUAUGCAGUUUCAUAUUACAGCUUCCUCCUUUGUUGUGUCUAUAUCAUAGACACUCUUCUUUUACUUGUCAGUUUACUCUCUCUUUGAAGUUUCAAUGUGUUUCUUCUCACUUAAAACUGAACAGGGCUAAUAGCCAGAAAAAAUAAAAGGGAUAUUUGGUUGUGUUCUGUUGUAUCUGUAUCUCUAGUCCUAUAAUAAGGCCAGUGACAUUGGUAUGAGUACACUUUAAUCUUGGUACAAAAUAUAUAUAGGGUUUGUUUGUUUUAAGACCACCUCCUCUUUUCUAUAUACUAAUAGAUUAGGAGGUUCCUAGUACUAGACCACAGUGCCACAUGUUUUAUAGCAACUUUCUCAACAAUAAAUUAUGUUAUUAUUGUGAUAUCAUGAUCUAUUUUGAAAUGUAUAGCAUGUGUAUCAAAACUACAUAAAUAUUUGAAAACUAUUAAAAUAUUUUGGCAUA